CCUUCCGGUGGUUACGUAACGUCCUCAUGGUUCUCCGUUUAUGCCACGUGUUUUUCCCCAUCUCCUCUCUUUCUUCAUAUCACCCUCCUUCUCUUAUUAUUUCCUUCAACAACAAAAAAAUGUUGUUCAUCUUUUCUCUAUGAUCUUCUCUUCAAUCUUCUCGGCUUCAUCUUUUCCUAAACAGCCGAUGAAAUAGCGGGAUGGUGAUUUUGGCCAUUUUUUUAUCCAAACUGAGCAGCGAAGCGCCGUUUAUGUUGCAACUGUCUAUUUAACAGCAAUUAGUUGAUGUUUUAGCUUGGUUAAGAUUUGAAAAGAAAGAUGUCAUUUAAGAAAUUGAAAGAAAGUGUGUUUGAAAAAACUAUAUCUCCAGAUGAGCAGCAGGCCAAGGUUGGAGAAGUCAAAAAGAUAAUCGGUCCAAUUGCCGAUAAGUUCCCGGCUAUGUGUUCGGAUGCAGCGGUGCUAAGGUUUCUUAGAGCACGAAACUAUAAUACUAUGAAGGCUGCAAAGAUGUUAAAAGGCACCAUAAAAUGGAGGCUGGAGUUCAAGCCUGAGAAGAUUCAAUGGGAUGAUGUAGCUCCGGAAGCUUUCAGGGGAAGGCUAUAUAGGGCUGAUUACUUGGACAAGCAAGGAAGGGUUGUUUUUGUUAUUAAAGCUGGACUUCAGAGUACGAGCUCGGCAAUUGUGCAGAUCAAGUACCUUGUUUACUGUUUGGAGAAGGCCAUAUUGAAUCUAAAUUCCAAACAAGAUCAAAUGGUUUGGCUAAUUGAUUUUCAAGGGUGGAGCACAUCGUGCAUAUCAGUAAAGGUUACCCGAGAAACUGCUCAAGUCUUGCAGAAUCAUUACCCUGAAAGAUUGGGCCUUGCAGUCUUGUACAAUCCGCCAAAAUUGUUCGAGUCAUUUUGGACGAUGGUGAAACCAUUUCUUGAACACAAAACUUACAAAAAGGUGACAUUUGCUUACCCUGACAACCAUAGGAGCCGAAUGAUGAUGGAAGAACUCUUUGACAUGGACAAGCUGGAAUCCUGUUUUGGCGGGAAUAAUACAGCUGGAAUGAACUUUGAAGCUUAUGGUCAAAAAAUGAGAGAAGACGACAAAAGGAUAACUGGUUUUAUUGAUUCUGGCUGUUCAACCCCUACUUUUUUGAGCUCAUGUUCAACCCCUACUUUCUUCAGCUCAUGUUCAACCCCUACUUUCUUCAACUCAGAAGUUAAUGAAUCACUGCAAUCAAGUAAUGAUUAUGAGGAUGAUUCACCCGGUAAUAAAGCGGUUUAUUCAAACUUGGAGGAAGAUGGAGCUAAACCAAAAGAGCACUAGGCACUGGCAGGGUCAAUUAUGUUACUCAUCCAAAAUUUACCAAACUAAUGUAUUGUUGGUUUUAAAGUGAUACAUCAUACAUCUGCACCCUUUCUUUCAACCAAUGACCCAUUAGACCACUAUCCACAGCAGCAGAUGUAAAUAUACGGAGCCAUACACCUUUUCACUGAAAGUGGGAUGAAAUUUGAGCUGGAUCUUUUGGCAAGAGGAUUUCAACUAGCACUCAGGAAAUAAUGUUAAUUUUUUCUUCCUCCCUCUGUCUUUACAAGGUGGAGUGGGAUUGUGGUGGGUGUGUAAUGUCUAAGGCUUUGUUGAGAAGUACCACCCACCACUCUUUCAUUUACCUAUGUCCUAAAUGCUAACAUACAAAAACAUGUUCCCCUUUAAAGUUUAGUACAGUUGCUUGCUAACAACAGUAAUUAAGAAGUUGACAGAUAAACAUAAAUUUUUUUAUUGGAAAUUAUAACAUUUAUAAGUUAA